UUAUAUAUCUAUAAAAAUAUGUUUUUCAUUAUUCUAUGAAAAUACGUAUAUUGUUAUUGUAUCUCAAUAUCUCUCUUUCUUCAACAGCUUGGAUCAUUGUGGACUUUUAACAAAAACCAGUCCGACUCUGUAAGUGACGGAUGUCAAUGCGCUCGAGGGAGAUAAGGAGAGCAUGAGGAGACGGGCUGGAAUGUAUUCAUUCAUUAUGUACCCCACCUUUUUUUCAAAUUCAAAUUUGGGUCCUAAAAAUGAGAGGACAAGGCAAACAAAAGGAGCCAAAUAAGAGACGGGAUGGACGCUUUCCUCCAAUCGGGGACAGCGAGGCGGAACCGGCCGAGACACCGAGGGGCCGUGGUCCAACAGGUCCCUUGAAGGCCUACGCGGGGGUCCGGGUCAGGAGGCCCGUGAGGGAUCUGCUGAGGAAGGUCCGCGUGGACCAAGGCGGGGACGUCCAGAAAAUCUGCGGCGGAUCGGUUAAAGGAGACGGAAAAAAAGUCCCGAUGCGUGCCGUGCGGCGAAGCUGCAAGAGAAAAUGCUCUGCGAAAAGCCUGGAGGAGUUGGCAAUGAUCCUGGAGGUGCUGGAGGAGGACCUAUGGACAGGCACCGCCCGCCGCCCCCCGACCCGCAAUCUGCAGGGGUACCCGAGGGGGUCUCAGGUGUCUCCAGGGCGGCCCCUCGUGUCUCCAGUGUCCCCGGGUUGGUCUCCAAUGUCUCCAGGGUGCUCUUCAGUGUCUCCAGGGGGGGCCCCGGUGUCUCCAGUGUCCCCGGGUUGGUCUCCAAUGUCUCCAGGGUGCUCUUCAGUGUCUCCAGGGGGGGCCCCGGUGUCUCCAGUGUCCCCGGGUUGGUCUCCAAUGUCUCCAGGGUGCUCUUCAGUGUCUCCAGGGGGGGCCCCGGUGUCUCCAGUGUCCCAGGGUUGGUCUCCAAUGUCUGCAGGGUGGUCUCCGACCGAGUACCAGAGCGACGCGUCCGACGGGGUGAUCACCAGCCCCGAGUCCUCUCCCGAGGACCCGUGGGCCCCCCCCCCUCUCCUCCAACCCGUUGGCGCCGGAGAGGGCGGGCGGGCCGACGCCCAGGACCAAGACCCGGACCAGAACAUCUCUUUCUUCUGGGCUCAGCUUCAUUGGGUGGAGAGCCGGCUCUGGGAAUCCUCCGACGCCGAGCUGCUGACGCCCGACCACUGCGGCAGGGCAGCUCUCCACAAUGUGGCGCGCGUCGGAAAGAGGGCGCUGGGCUACGCCAUCGCAAAAAGAAUGGCCGCCCUCAACAGCCUGGACCUCAAGGACUCGGACGGAAUGACCGCCCUCCUCCAUGCGGCGGAGCACAACCACCACCUGAUGGUGGCGGAUCUGAUCCUCCUCGGGGCCAACAUCAACGAGACCAACAAUUCGGGAAAGACCUGCCUCCACCUCAGUGCCGAGAAGGGCUACGUCAGAGUCUUGGAGGUUCUGAAAAAUGCGAUGCUGGAUGGUGUGUAUGUCAACGUUGAAGCCACCGAUGACUCUGGAAUGAAUGUCUUCCAGUGUGCGUCUGUGGCUCUCCGAGCCGCCGUCCGUAAGCUGGAGAGCAGUAAGCUCUCACGUCCGACCUGUCUGGACUCGCUCCGCCAGGAGCAGAUGAUGGAGACCCUGAAGUGUCUGCUGCAGAUGAGCAGCUACCUUCACACCAUGGGGAGCCAGCGUAUGCAACCUAGAUUUGGUUGACCACCCGGCUUCCUGGAGACCCGACAGUAAUGUUCUGAGUUGGUUCAGGAUCGAAUUCAAAUGGAGAGAGACCAUAAUUAUGGUUGUUGCCUCCUCCGAGCUCGAGUUCUGACCUGUUUUAAGUGAAGCAUCUGCGUUUGUGUUUGGGGUGAAGUGCCUGAACACAGACUGUAGAUGCCCAUCGGUCGGUUUCUGUGAAACCUCCAUAGUUUGUUACAUUCCAGUAACAUGUUGUCAUCAGUAUGUCCGCGGAGAUGAAGUUGUCAAAAUCCAAUGAGAAUUGAAAUAAUAAGCCCUCAGCUUACUUUUUAUUAUUAUUAUUAUUAUAUAUAAUAUUUAUGUCAUGCUCACCACUGUUUGAAGUUAUCUU